GUUGAGUGAUGCCGUCACCUUUCACGCUCGUGAUAAUGAGGGUUGUUUGUUUCAUUGAAAAUACCGUUUUUAUUGUUUAAACAAUGAGCUAUUAUAAUAUUAACCCAAAGAACUAAUGGAUUAGUUACAUCGCUGCAGAUCUGGCUGAUAGUUCAUCAUCUAGGAAGAAGAAUGUCGUUAGUAUUUAGUAGCAGUGAUUCUGAAGUGAUUGGACGGUCAGUAAAUCUGUCCAAGAAUGAGUGCAUGAAACUGUCAUCCGAGGAUCUAGAAGAAGAGUACGAGUUAAAGAAGUGUGUUCAUUGGAUUAAAGAAAAUGGAUAUACCAAAAUUGCUCUUCAGUUUCCUGAUGAGAUGCUAAUCAACUGUACUGCUGUGUGUAUGGCCAUCCAAAAGGAAGUUAACUGUCAAGUAUUUGUUUUGGCUGAUACUUCAUAUGGCAGCUGUUGUGUGGAUGAAAUUGCAGCAGAACAUGUAUCAGCCGAUGCUAUCAUCCACUUUGGUCGUUCUUGUCUGAGCUCGACGUCUCGUCUUCCAGUCUUGUACGUCUUUGGGAAACAGCCAUUAGAUUCUUUUCAUGCUGUUGAAGAGUUCAAAAAGACAUUUCAUGAUAACGAAUCUCAUGUGGUAUUGCUUUAUGAUGUUGUCUACUCUCAUUCUGCUCCUCAAGUCUAUGAGGAACUUCAAAAAAGUUAUCCGAACCUUCUAAUCGGCAAACUGGAUAUAACCUUGUCACUACUAAGUCAACAUGGUAAUUCUGAGCAAAUAAUGAACAAUAUCUGUUCAGCAUCAGUUAUCAGAAGAUGUGGAAGGCUAAUUAAUUUACCCAGUGAUCAGGUUAUAGAUGACUACUGUAUAUUUUACAUUGGGCUCGAAACUCUCUCAUUGAAAAACUUUCUGGUGAACUUCUCCAAGUGUCGAUUCUGUGUUUAUGACCCAAUAAGGAAGAACUCCAGAUGGUUCAAUAUAGAAGGCUCAAGAUUGCUGAAGAGAUCGUACUACCUAAUUGAAUGUGUUAAAGAUGCUAGAAUUAUUGGAAUACUUGUAGGUACUUUGGCAGUGUCAAAUUAUCGAGAUAUCAUUGACAGACUAAAAACAAUUAUUAAAUUAGCUGGAAAAAAGUCAUACACACUAAUCAUGGGGAAAAUCAAUCCAGCAAAAAUAGCAAAUUUUCCAGAAAUAGAUGUUUUUGUUCUUGUAGCUUGUGGUGAAAACUCUUUAAUAGACUCAAAGGAGUACUACAAACCCAUAGUGACUCCAUUUGAAGUUGAGUUGGGCUGUAAUAAAGCACGUGAAUGGACUGGAGAUUAUAUAUCUGAUUUCAGAGAGCUUCUUCCAGGUUCUUCAGCUUAUGCUGAUAUUGUUCCAGUGGAGAGGAAGGACUUUGAUGUUUCUCUGGUUACUGGAAGAGUGCGAGUUUUAGGUUCAGAGGAUACAGAUGAAUCUCAAAAUGAUGGAACAGUUGCUGUAAGAAACGACAUGCUAGCCCUUUCUGCUCUUCAUGCUAAUAGUGAGUUUCUGUUAAACAGAAGCUGGAGAGGCUUGGAACAGAAGCUUGGAGAAACUCCAGUUGCCAUAACAACAGAAGGCCAGAAAGGAAUAGCAAGUAGAUAUGAAGGAGAGGGUCAAGAAAGUAGUUAAUUCAUCAUUAAAAAUUGUAACAGUUUAUGUAAGACUGAUGUGUAGACCAACUAAUGCUUGCAAAUUUUGUGUGGGAGAUGGUUGUCUAGCCUGUUGAGUGCUAGAAAAGUAUUUUACACUUGGAUAUGCAUGUAUUGAAUGAUUUAUAUUUGUUUUGUGUUUCACAGACAUUUUCUGUAUCUUAUUAAAUAAGUAAUAUACAAAGAUUUCUGAGGUUACAUAAGUUCUGAUCAUCAAAUAAAAACACAUAGAACUUUAGGUUGUAAA